AUGGAGCUGUCUAGCCGGCAUGGCCCACUGAUGCUCCUCAAGCUCGGCGAGGUACCCACCAUGGUGGUAUCGAGCGCCGAGAUGGCGGAGGUAGUGAUGAAGAGUAACGACCUCAUGUUCGCCUCGCGGCCCCGCAGCGUGACGCUGGACGUCAUUGGCUAUGGCAGCGGCAUGGGCAUCAUCUUUGCCCCCUACGGCGACCGUUGGCACCAGGCGCGCAAGGUCUGCACCAUGGAGCUCCUCAGCGCCAAGCAGGUAAGGCGUAUGGAGGGCAUCAGGUCCGAGGAAGUCCGCAACCUCCUUAGUUCCAUCACCGCCUCGACUGGCACCAUUGUCAACCUCACGGAGAAGUUAUCGGCACUGAUGAACGAUGUCAUUGCACGGGCGGUGUUCGGAGGCAAGUGCGCACAACAAGGUGAGUACCUCCGGGAAUUGGAAGAAGUCACCGCGUUGGUGGGAGGCUUCUCGCUCGUCGACCUAUUCCCAUCGUCGCGGCUAGUGCGGCUGCUGAGCUCCGGCGAGCGACGGAUGAGGAGGAUCUAUGGCCGAAUCCAGCGCAUCAUCUCCGACAUCAUUGAGCAAUGCAAGGAAAUGCACGUUGUAGUCAGCUCCAACGACGAGGAGGACUUGCUGGACGUGCUGCUCAGGCUGCACAUGGAAGACUCCUUGUCGUAUCCUCUAACUUUAGAGGCCAUAGGCGUCAUCAUCUUUGUGAGUAUUGACUUGUUCGCGGGUGGCACUGAGACCUCUGGAAUAACACUGGAGUGGGCUAUGUCAGAGCUCUUGAAAAAUCCCGAAACAAUGAGAAAGGCACAACUAGAGGUUCGACAAGUUGUAGGCCGGCAACAAUCUGUCAUAACUAACAAUGACCUUCGUGACCUCCACUGCAUGAGAAUGGUGAUCAAGGAGGUCUUGAGGUUGCAUCCUCCCGCUCCUCUACUCCCCCGAAGGGCGAGAGAAGGCAGUGAAAUCAUGGGAUAUGAAAUUCCUAAGGGAACCAAUGUACAAGUUAAUAUAUUUGCGAUUUGUCGAGAUUGCAGAUAUUGGGAUGCCCCCGAAGCAUUUAAGCCAGAAAGGUUCAAAGAGAGCAGCAUAGAUCACAAGGGGACACAUUUUGAGUUCACUCCUUUCGGGGCAGGGAGACGGCAGUGUCCCGGAAUGCUGUUUGGCACAUCAACUGUGGAGAUCGCAUUAGCAAACCUUCUGUACCACUUUGACUGGGUGAUCGCUGAUGGGCCUAAUCCGGGGCCGUUGGACAUGUCUGAGAAGUUCGGGAUCAAUGUACGUAGAAAGUUUGAUUUAGAACUUAGAGCAAUCCCAUAUGUGCACUCCAAAGUUGCGUAG